AUGAAAAACAAGUUUGAUAACUUGAAGAAAGAUUGGGUCACCUGGAAGAAGUUGGAGAAUGCCAGCCACAAUUUGACAGGGCUUAUGUACGACCAUGAGACAGACUUGUUCACUGUAUCUGACCAUUGGUGGGCCAAAAUGCAAGCGAUGAACAACCGAUGUGCUAAAUUCAAGAGUAAGCCUCUAGAGCACGUGGACCUCAUGGAGCAGGUCUACUCUGGCGCAGCAGCGACUAGGAAACAUGCAUGGACUCCAACAGAAGUGCGCGAUGAUGAUGCUGCUGCAACCAAUGCCAACGAGGAUAGCGGGAUGGGACCUCUCAGUGCAGGCACACCACCACAGUCGGGCCAUGACACUGUCGGGGAGAACGUGGUUGAUAGUAGCCUCUUUGAUGAUGCUCCCCCCUAG